AUGGCGGCCCUUCCUUCUAUAGGCUUGGGGCAACUUGCCAACCGCUCAACCGCAAUAUUUGCCAUCGCCGCCUUGUUGGCAUGGAUUCUCGUCUUGAACCCCAUAUACCUACUCUACUUCCAUCCUCUGAGCAAAUUUCCCGGGCCAAAGCUCUGGGCCAUCACCCGCUGGGGUGUCUCCCGUGCCAUCAUCAGCGGCAAGUCUCACGACAUGAUUCUUGAGCUGCAUGCGAGGUAUGGCCCCAUUGUACGAAUCGCUCCCGACGAGCUUUCCUUUCAGUCCGUUUCUGCCUGGCAUGACAUUGGCGGCCACCGCAAGCUCGGCCAGGCGGACAUGAUCAGGGACCCCGUAUUCAACGAACCUUUCAAAGACAACUUACUCGGUGUUUGGAAGCGUGAGGACCAUUCGCGUAUGCGAAAGAUCUUGUCACGAGGAUUUUCAGCGUCUACUUUUCAGAAGCAGGAGCCGCUGCUGAAAGCCCAUGUCGAUCUGCUGAUAUCGGAGCUGUCCAAGCGCUGCCAGGACGGCAAAAAGAUGAUUGACAUGAAUUGCUGGUACAGCUUUACUGCAUUUGACAUUAUAGGAUCUCUCGAGAGCGGGGAUCAUCGGUCCUGGGCAUCCUUAGUCUUCGAGGUCACCAGAUUCGUAAUCCUAGUAGGCUGCCUAAAGAGAAUCAGCAGAGCCUUCCUCCCGUUUCUGCCUCUCAUCACUCCAAGGGGCUUCGCCAGGAGACUCCGCGAGAACCAGCAGCUCACCGACGCCAAGAUUGCAAAACGUCGCGCCUUGGGCGCCAGUCGCCCCGACUACAUGUCUGCCAUGCUCGGCGGCGACGAACGUGGCCGAGUCCUUUCCGACACUGAGAUUACCUCCAACUGCACUGCUCUGAUUCUCGGCGGUGCGGAAACCGUUUCGAGUGCUCUCGGUGGCACGACGUAUCAUCUGCUCAAGAAUCCGCACGCAAUGGCCAAGGCCGUCAGGGAAGUCCGGUCAGCCUUUUCGAGCGAGGAAGACGUCACAUUAACUGGAACUGGCCGUCUCAAGUAUCUGAAUGCCGUCAUUACUGAAUCCCUGCGCGUGUUCCCCCCAUUUGCGGGCGUUUCGCCACGCAAGGUUCCAGCCGGAGGUGCUACCAUUGCUGGUGAAUUCAUUCCCGAACAUACCACCGUUGGCAUCUGGCAUUGGAGCAUGUCCCAUUGUCCCGGCUUCUUCACCGACGCGGACGAAUUCCACCCCGAGCGCUGGCUUGAUGACCCCCGUUUCAGGGGGGACAAAAAGGAGGCUGCCCAGCCCUUUGCCGUCGGUCCUCACAGUUGCAUUGGCAUGAACCUGGCCUACUUCGAGUUGCGUUUGAUCCUGGCUAGGCUCUUGUGGAACUUUGACAUGAAGCUUGACGAGAGCUGCGAAAACUGGGUGGAUGACAUGGUGGAGUAUUUUGGCUGGGAGAGAACACCACUCUUGGUCUCUUUGGCUCGACGCCAGAAGUGA